CUAUUUUUUCUAAGUUCUGUGCUUUUUAACAUGACUUUGGUUAGAAAAACAUUUUUUGAAAAUUUCCUGUUGAAACAUCGAAUAAGUCCUGUCACACUAGCCAAGAAUUACAGCAACAAGCCAUCUCUAAUAAAGCAUGAAGUCCCCAAGAAGUCGAGACAUGUUAAGUACCUCCUGUUGGCAUCCGGAGGCUACCUUGCAUACAAAUACUUUAAAUCUGAAUUUGAAAUAGUGCCGAAUGUGACAGCCGCCAGUCCCUUUGGUGUUUCCCAAUUAACCGGAAGAAGGAAACAGUUCAAUUUCAUAGCGGACGUGGUCGAAACGUCUGCCCCAUCAGUUGUUUACAUUGAAAUUAAGGAUACACGAAGGACAGACUUUUUCACUGGCAAACCAACAACUAUUUCAAACGGCUCGGGAUUUAUCAUAAAGGAGGAUGGCUUGAUUUUGACCAAUGCUCAUGUUAUUACCAACAAGCCCAACACUAAAGUUGAAGUUCGUUUGAUGAAUGGACAAACUUAUAUUGGUGUUGUCGAAGAUGUGGACAUGAAAAGUGAUCUUGCUUUAGUCAGAAUUCCUGCCAAAAAUCUACCCAUCAUGAAAUUGGGUAACUCUUCUGAAUUGAAGUCUGGAGAGUUUGUUGUGGCCAUUGGUAGCCCACUUGCUUUAAGUAAUACCGUCACGUGUGGAGUGGUUAGCUCCACAGAAAGGGCAUCAUCUGAACUUGGAUUAUUUGGAAAAGACAUGGUUUACAUACAGACGGAUGCUGCCAUUACUUUCGGCAAUUCUGGCGGUCCUUUGGUAAAUCUCGACGGCGAAGCAAUUGGAGUGAACAGCAUGAAAGUCACCGCCGGAAUUUCAUUUGCAAUACCCAUAGAUUAUGUAAAACAGUUUGUGAAACAAGCUAAAGGGCCUAGAAAUCCAAAUGACUUGAAGAAAUUAUACAUGGGAAUCACAAUGUUAACUUUAACUCCUCAAAUACUAUAUGAAUUGCAUCAGAGGAACCACUUGGUGCCAAGUGAUGUGCAAAGUGGGGUGCUUGUUUGGAAGGUCAUUAUCGGAUCACCAGCUCAUAGUGGAGGAUUAAAGCCUGGUGACAUUGUUACACACAUAGAUGGAAAACCAGUUCUCGGAGCUGAAGAUGUAUAUGGUUUACUUCAGGCAGACAAAAGCAAAUCAUUGAGAAUGUCUAUUACUAGAGAAGGAAGAAGAUAUGAAGUUACAGUUACACCAGAAAUUGUUAGUUAAUUGAUUUUUGUUCAUUUGUUAUGUUGAAUAAAGCUCUGUUUCACAUUUAAA